AGCGAGGUUGUGCCAGCUGAAGUAGUGCCAAAGAUGAACAUUAAACACGUGAUGGUGAUGGCGAUAUUGGUGGCUGUGUUGUUGUCGGAGGUGUUGGGGGCGCCAUUCAUCAUCACCAGAAGGAACAUCACCAGAAGGAGAGACUUCCCUGGACAGAGGUUUUUUGGAGCGACUAACUACGGCACUCACAGCUUCGGCAAGAACGGUUAUGACGGCAGACCCUUGGCUAGACGAAACAAAUUCCCUUCAAGAAGGCGAACCAGAUAUCCUCACCAUCAUAACAGAGUUUCUUCCUGGUACAACCGGCGAGGAUAUAGGAAGUGGUACGUUGGUUAAGCAUGGUGGGUGUUGGGUACGAGGAUUCUUACAUCUGUACCCAACCACGAGGCCUAAUAGUAUACAUCUAUGCCCAACCAACCACCAUUUUUGUUGAGUCCGAAGCUUAAUACAUCUGUGCUCAAUCAUCUAUUAUUUUUGGGGGGUUCUAAGGCCAAUGUACUUAUCAACAACCUCAACCUCCAACCAACCAUUUUCUUUUUAAGUUCAAAGUCGAGUGUACCUAAUGAAUCUGUACCCAACCACCCUUCAUUUUCUGUUGAGUUCGGGCUGAAGACUAAUGUAUACCAGUUAACAACCUCACAUAAUUUCUAUUGAAUCUGAUGCCUAAGACAUUCACAAAUUCGUAUCUAUACCAUGAUGAAAUUUGAGGUAUAUUGUGAAAUAAAGACAUUAAGUAAAUAUAUGUAGUAAUCUGUCAUAAGAAGCAUUGUUAUCAGGGCCGGGGUGCGGGGCCCGGGGCAACUCAGCCACUGCGGGGCCCCAGGACAAGACACAACCUGACCUCACUGGUUACUGACCCUGGUGGACUGGCUGUGUGGAGUGGAGUGCAAUGGAUUAUGGAGUCAGGUUAUGCGGUCAGAGGAACCCACCCCAACCA